AGUUCCACGCCACGUCAACUUUUUGACACUUUGGUGAAUGUUUUUUAAAAGUUAUGGCGUUCAAGUAAUCGAUUAAAAUUUAUGACACGCAAAUAAAUGUUUUUUGGAAGUCAUAACACUCGAGCGAUGGAAAAAAAAUGUCAUGGCUCUCAAGUGAGUGCCAUACGAAAAUUAUGAUACUUAUGGUGUUCUUAUUCUGUCUUUGUUAGUUCUCUCGGCAAGUUUCUUAAGAACCAUGGAUGAUUCUUGAUAUCUUUGAAAUGUAAAAACAAAGAAUUGAUGUCCGACGUGACUCUUCGCCGGUUGGAUAAACAGUUUUGCACACGAUUCACAUCGAUCGGCACUAAUUUAAAUAGUUCACAAAUAACUAGGAGCUGACUUCGGUAAAUCUAUUCUACACUACCUUUGUAAAAGAAGCAAAGAAAGAUCAUUUCACUAAAAAAUUCCAAAAAUCAUUGAGUGGUAGAUGGCUUCCGGGUUUCUCACCUAAUCCCGCACGUGACUACACGAGCCCACCUACAUUCAUUCAUUCAUUCAUUAUAAUAAAACCCCUUUUCAGCAUCUGUUUGGUAAUCAUCUAUAGUGUCUUCAUCAUCCAAGAACGCCCUGUAGCAAUGAAUACACCACAACCUCCUCACAUAGCUGUGCUCCCCAGUGCUGGAAUGGGCCAUUUGAUGCCAUUCCUCCGGCUCGCGGCAAUGCUGGCGAAGCAAGAAAGCAUCGUUACGGUCAUUACAGCUCGACCCACCGUGUCCAUCGCCGAGUCAGACCACAUAUCCUCAUUCCUUCGCCCCAACCCCAAAAUCAAUCAUCUUGAACUCCAGCUUACUCCUAGCUCCCGGCAAGCUGAUUCAGGUCCUGUUGACCCUUUCUUUGUCCAGAUGCAUCUCAUCAAUCAGUCAAUCCAUCUUCUCCCUCCACUGUUAUCUUCAUCAUCUCCACCUUUUUCCGCUAUAAUUGUGGACUUCCUUUUAGUUGCCAAGGUUGCUCCAAUUGCUAAAACCCUUGACCUCCCUAUUUAUAUCCUUUCCACCUCCUCAGUCACUUUCCUCUCGCUCAUGGCGUACCUUCCAAUGCUGGCAUCGAACCCAGUGGAGUUCAAUACAACUUCCACCGAAAUCAAGAUACCGGGAUUGCCACCCAUGGCAAUGUCAAGCAUCCCACCGGUAUUCCAUGAUUCCAGUCAUCUUCUGACAUCGAUUAUUACAACAAACUCUCCAGCUCUAUCAGAGGCCAAAGGAAUCUUGAUGAACACUUUUGAGUGGUUCGAAGCAUCUACACUUGCCGCUCUCAACAAAGAUAGGGUGAUUAAAAGCUUGCCGCCCAUUCUGCCCAUAGGGCCAUUAGAACCAUAUCAUUUUCCACGUGACGAUGACGGGGAUCAAUACAGAUCAUGGCUGGAAAAUCAGCCAGCUGAAUCUGUGGUCUACAUAAGCUUUGGGAGCAGAACGGCGAUGUCCAGAGAUCAGAUUCGAGAGUUGGAAAAAGGGCUGGAGAAGACAGAGUGGAGAUUCUUCUGGGUCCUAAAAACCAGUAAAGUAGAUAAGGAUGACCAAGAGGAUGCUGAACACGUUUUGAAUGAAUCCUUCUUGGAGAAGACAAAGAAUAAGGGGCUGGUCAUAAAAGGGUGGGUGGACCAACAGGAGAUUCUACGGCAUCCCGCCAUCGGAGGGUUCUUAAGUCACUGCGGAUGGAACUCGGUGAUGGAAGCGGCUCUACGGGGAGUCCCAAUGCUUGCCUGGCCGCAACAUGGUGAUCAAAGGCUGAAUACACAGGUCGUGGAAGAUGCGGGAUUGGGACUGUGGGAGAGGAACUGGGAUUGGGGUCCCAAUGGUAUUGUGAAAGGAGAAGAGAUUGAGCAGAAGAUUGUAGAGUUGAUGACGGAUGAGAAGCUGAGAGAGAGAGCCAAGAAGGCGAGAGAAGAGGCUAGGAAGGCUGUUGGGAGAGGUGGGAGCUCUGAUAAGGUGAUCAGAGAAGUAGUUCAAUCAUUAAUUAUUCCAUUCUAAGAAGGUACGCUUGCUAUCUGGAGAAAUCGUUGCAUCGAACAGGUCUAUGAAUUAAAUUUAAGAGUGUUGGCUGACAAUCUACCAUAUGGAAUGGAUGGUCAAGUGAUUAUAAAAAAUGCCAAUGGUGAAUAAAAAAAUUAAUGAGGAAAGCAAAAUCUUGCAAAUCCAUCAAUCGAUUGUCUUGACAUAUAAAAUAAUCAAUAGCCAAUGAAGCACAAUCUCAUCACCUAGAAUCAUGAUGUUAUUGUUGUUUUAAGUUCUGUAUCAUAUUUGCUAGUUCCUUCAAUAUGUGAUAAAUGCAAUGCAAUGCAAAGAAAGAAGAUGGGGUUUCAUUAAAAAAAAACUCCUGUUCUGUGUUUGUGAGUA